AUGUCAUUAUUAAAAUUGGCCAAUCUCCCGUCGCUGCGGAGGCAGCAGCUUCUCUCCGAAUUCACUGGGUUGAAGCAGGCCUGUCCUUCUGGCGUGUUUGUAACGUUGAACCCGGGGGACUCGACCGUGUGGUCUGCUGUUUUAUUCAUCCGCGAAGGACCCUACGCUCCCGCCGUUCUCAGGUUCCAAAUCAUGUUUCCCGACUCCUACCCGCGGCGGGCUCCCAUGAUCAUCUUCACGACGGAUGUGUUCCAUCCCCUGGUGACGCCUCUUACGACAUACACGUACACCACCGAUAUACAAGACAACGGAACCGUCAGCGCGACCGACGACGAACGCCUGCCGCCCGGGGGCUUCAGCCUGCGCCAUGGGUUCCCCGAGUGGUUUGGCAGGGUGCGCCGCAGCGCCGAGGCCAGCCUCUCCGCGCCUACGAGCCCAAUCGUCGAGCAGACGCCCGGGUUCGCGAGCCCGAACCCAGUCGGCGCUGCCAGCCCCGCCGGUCCGUCGUACAUGCAGACUACCAGCAGCCGGCCCGCCUCCAUGUCCAUGUACCAGGUCCUCAAGUACAUCAAGAACGCCUUUGACAGGCCGGAGGUGCUCGACGCGGUGCCCCUGGACGCUGCCGGGAACCCGGGCGCCUGGCACGCCUGGAGGACGUACCGGCGCAAGCAGCAGGCCACCGGCGAGAAGCAGGGCGGUGCGUCUGACGGCUCGCCCGCGACGCCGAGUCCCAAGAAGCCGACGGGCGAGAAGAAGCAAGCCGGCCAGGCCGUCACCAGAAAACCAGGCGAGUGGAACUGGGACGGUGUUUGGGAGGACAGAGUGAAGAAGGGUGUGGCAGCGAGUCUGUCAGAGCCUGUACUUUACGGCGGCACGACCAUAAAUGACGAAAUGAUCCGGUUUCUCUCUGUGGAAGACGCGGAAGCAGAAUCCAUCAAAGAUAACUUGCUCCGCACCCUGGGCACCACUGUUUAA